AAUGGGGCGGAGAGUCGGGGGAGGGAGAAGGCAGUCGAGCGAGAUGGUCGCAAGAUGGCGGCCCUGAAGGAGGGUGAGGUCUACGAGCUGUGCUGCGGGCGUGCGGGCAAUAGCGGCAGCAACGUCUCCGUCUUCCACGUAAAGUUCACGGACAGCGCCAUGCGGGCCCUCGAGAACUACCGAGGAAGCCAGGUUCAAAAGAAUGAUUCUAACUCGGGGAAGGAGUACAACAAGACCUCCAUUCCUUCAAAACCUUCCGUCCAGUUUAAGAAAAGUGAAGGGAGCAUCUCAAUUCCCCAGCGUGACUGCCCAGCAGAAGCACGGUCUUUCACGUUUUAUCUUUCAAACACUGGACGAGACAAUCCCCAAGGGAGCUUUGACUGUGUAAAGCAGUAUGAAAGCAGUACCGGGAACAAUCAUUUGGAUUAUAUGGGAAGCAUACAAGACAAAAUCACUGUGUGUGCCACAGAUGAUUCUUAUCAGAAAGCUCGGCAAAGCAUGGCCCAAGCCGAGGAGGAAACUCGAAGCCGAAGUGCCAUCGUUAUUAAACCUGGAGGCCGGUUUGUAGGCAAAAAGAUUCAGUUCCGGAAACCGGCCCCAGGAGCAGUUGACACUGUUCCUUCCAGGAGGCACCCCACACCCAUCAAUCUGGCCAACGCCUUAAAGAAGAGCAUGAACAAUGUUUCUCAGCGGCCUAUAAAAGACCGGGUGAUGCACUUACUGGCACUAAAGCCUUACAAAAGACCCGAACUGAUUCUGAGGCUGCAGAAGGAUGGACUCGUGCAGCCGGACAAGGAGCUGUUGGAUGCCAUCCUACAGCAGGUAGCAAACACUAGUGCCAAGGACAACACAUCCACGCUAAAAGAUUGUUUAUACAAAGAAGUUCAGAAGGACUGGCCUGGAUAUUCUGAAGGAGACCAGCAGUUACUAAAGAGAAUUCUUAUUCGGAAGCUUUCUCAGCCACAGAAUACAAAUAACCCUCCUGGAAACACUCCUCCCAGGAGUUCACCCAAAGACCAGAAGAGCUCUUCACCGCCUCCUCAGGUACGUGAUGACCGGAAAGGCUUUGUGGAGAAACGACCCCAGCCACUGGAUUUCAUUGAUCCACUAGCCACCAAGAAGCCCAGAAUCUCUCAUUUUGCUCAAAGAAUGCAGCAAGGUUUAAAUGGGAAAGUGAACUCUUCCAACGGCAAAGAGGCUCUCCCUCCUGCAGCCCAGGCAACGGUGCCCGAUUGUGUUAGUUCCAGCUCUCAGUUGCCAGGCCAGGCGCUUCCAACAGCUCAUAACCCCCUUGCUGCUGUCAGCAAGGAUGUGUGUCAAAAUGGCAAAGACUCCAAGAAUCCAGGGGCUCCUGACAAACUGAGCCUCGGUCCACCGAUAGACUGUCCUCCUCCGAGCAUUCAGAACUCUAGCUCGUUGCAUGGAAAAACCAAGAAAAAAUCCAAAAAGCACAAAGAAAAAGAGAAGAAGAACGAAGAGAAGCACAAAGAGGGGAAACAGGACUCUGGCCUCCCAAAGAAUUCCGAUGUCAAAACGAGCAGUUCCAGGCAGGAUGCCACAGGUUUAAAUGGAACAUGCAAUAAUUCUAGUGUUCCAACAUCAACAUCGGAAAUGCCAGAUUAUUUAUUAAAAUAUACUGCUAUUGCCUCUUUGGAUCAGCGUCAGACUUAUAAGAACGACUUUAAUGCUGAGUACAAUGAGUACCGAGAUUUGCACGCCCGGAUAGAGAGGAUAACACGACGGUUUACACAGUUAGAUUCACAGCUCAAGCAACUCAUCCAGGGUUCGGAAGAAUACAAGAUUAUACAUGAUCAGAUUCUACAGGAAUAUCGAAAAAUUAAAAAGACUAAUGCAAACUACAGCCAAGAAAAGAACCGUUGUGAAUAUCUACACAACAAACUGGCCCAUAUAAAAAAACUCAUAGCAGAAUUUGACCAACAGCAACUUCAGUCUUGGCAUUAGAAUCUGGGCUAAAGGAACAUUUGGGCGCUGGACUUGUUUCACUGUACAACUAAAAUUUAUUUCUACAGACUUGCAAGUAAUCUGAUUUCUGAUGUGAAGUCCCUCGCGUGACGGGGGCGGGGAGGGGAGU